AUGCAGACCGGACGAUACACCCUCCCCGCGCUCCCAUACGCUUAUGACGCGCUUGAGCCCUACAUCUCCAGCACAAUCAUGACGCUCCACCACACCAAGCACCACCAAGCCUACGUCACCAACCUCAACGCCGCACUCUCUCAGGAGGCCACCGACGUAACCAGCCAGAUUGCGCUGCAGGCGCAGAUCCGCUUCAACGGCGGCGGGCACAUCAAUCAUUCGCUAUUCUGGAAAAACCUUGCGCCGGCGGGAACGGGUGAGGCGAGGGUCGAGGCGGCGCCGAGGUUGGUGCAGGCGAUUGAGGAGAGGUUUGGCGACUUGGAGAAGUUUAAGGAGAGGUUCGGAAAGACGUUGUUGGGGCUGCAGGGGAGCGGAUGGGGGUGGCUCGUGAAGGAUGCGGAGGGGAGGCUGGAGAUUGAGACGACGAAGGAUCAGGACCCAGUUGCGAGUGGAAAACAGGUGAUCCUUGGGGUGGACAUGUGGGAGCAUGCUUAUUAUAUUCAGUAUUAUAACAAUAAGGCGGCCUAUGUCGAGGGCAUCUGGAAUAUCAUUAACUGGGAGGAGUGCGAGAAGAGGUUCCUGGGACAAUCAGCGCUCUCUUUGUAG